AGACAUGGAGGUGACGGCGGUGGAGCAGCAGCAGCAGGUGGAGGAGGAGGUGGAGCGGCUGCUGAGUGGCCAGGGGUCAGAGGUCAGCAGGGUUGACGUGGGCCUGGAGCAGAGCAAACCCGCCACCCUGAGGAAGAACGUCACGUACAUCGUCUGUGCUGUCAUCUUCAAUGAUCAGGAGGAGGUACUGAUGGUCCAGGAGGCGAAGCCGGACUGUUACCGGCAGUGGUACCUUCCUGCAGGCAGGGUGGAGGUGGGGGAGAGUCUGGAGGAGGCGCUGAGGAGGGAGGUGAAAGAGGAGGCGGGGUUUGACUGUGAGCCAAUCACCAUGCUGCUGAUCCAGGAGCAGGGACCGCAGUGGAUCCGCUUCAUCUUCCUGGCAAAGACCACAGGUGGGAGUUUAAAGAGUCUGGCGGCAGCAGACCAGGAGUCUCUUCAGGCCGCCUGGUGGGACAGACAGUCCCCCCUCCCUCUCAGGGGACGAGACAUACUCCGCCUCAUCGACUAUGGACUCAAGUACCGCAGGGAUCCCGGGCAUCCCGUCACGCUGCCUGUAGACCUGAGCUGCCGUCACGUGGUGCAGAGGCUGGUGCUGCUGUUCACCGUCCAGGACCAGGUCUGGAUCCUGCUGCUCCGAGCUCCAGCGCUCCACCUCCCCACGGUGGCAGCGCUGAAGACCCACGCCGUGACGUGGUCGGCCAACAUGGUGGUGCAGGAAGCGCUGCCCUCGUCCUACUACGACCACGACGUCAACACGCUGGGGGUGUUCAGCCUGCAGCACAACGGCCGGCAGCACGGCAAGACGGACGGCGUGUGCUUCAACACGCUGGUGGCCCUGGUGCCCGACCACGUGCAGCGCGACGAGGACGGGCUCAAGGUGGAGGUGCCGUCCACGGGGCAGCCUCCGCCCACGGAGAACACGCGAUACGUCUGGCACAAGGUGCAAAAAGCAGCACUUAGAGAGACACUGUUGGAGAAAAGCAGGAACACCUCCCUGCUCCCACUCCACAGCUUGUACUGAGCACCUACGGGAACUUCCUGUCCACCUCACAGCCCACGCUUUUAUUGUGAAAAGAACUUUUAUUAGACUGAUGGUGCAAUAAAACAAAAACCACUGACGUAGGCUGCCAGCGAGGACGCUGCCUGCACCCGAACCAUCAUAUUCCCCAGAUUAGAUCAAGUUAAGCCCUUUUCCCCAGCAGUAAGGCACCGAGUCUUUACCAUGGUGUGGUGUCAAAAGUCAUGUGAUUUUCUGCUGCAGCCAGAAGUUUCCAUCUGUAUUAACCCUGUGCUGUCUUCAGGUCAAG